CGUAAGUUGAAGCGUGAACAAGUCGAAUAUGAAAUUACUGCUGAUUAUAGUAGUUCUCUUUGGUGCUGCUGUGGUGGUCAGUGGUGCAGAAGGCUCCAUACUGAGUCGCCUGCUGCACCGGGAAUCGAAAGUAACCACAACGACAACGCCGGAGCCGCGACGACAACUCUUCAUACACAACAACGUGCCACCUGUGCCAGCUGGCUGCACAGCGCACUUCUCGUGCAGCAAGAAACUAGCAACGGGCACUCCCCCAUUUCCCUGUGUCAAGUACUGCCUGAAGCGGAUCGAGUGCCCCAACAACCAGAUACAACGUGGCAAGCACAACGAGUGCGUGCAACUGGACGAGGAACAAGUGCUGGCCGAAUCCGCGAUAACCCAGCCAACACCAACAGCAGCAGCAAGCGAUGGUGCCACCACCGAAAACAUCAUGAUGGUGGCCAUGAUUGACUUCCCCUGCCAGCCCGGCUAUCUGCCCGACAGUCGUGGACGCUGUCGUGUGAUCUGGUUUUAGCAUUAUAACUUCAAUUGUUAGUUGUGAGUUAAUAAAGUCAAAAGUAAACAAUA